UCGCAGCUGAGCAUCUGUUUAUCUGUCACUGUCUGAAGACUGGAAGUUUUUCACUGAUUCAACAAGUGAUCACAAGGUCACUUAUCAUGGAUAUAAACAUCACUAUGCUGGGUGGGACUUCCCUGACCCUGUGUGUGCGUCCAACGGACACGGUGGGCUUUCUGAAAACACUCAUCCAGCAGAAACUGGGAUAUGCACCUGAGAGCCAGAAGCUGACCUUUGUCAACGGCCAGAUGGUAACUCUCAAUGACGACUCCAGGUCUGUCAUGUCCUACGGCUUGCACUCUGGCUGCCAGGUGUCUCUGCUGGUGACCCAGCCCGCUACCAUCCAGGUGUUCCUGAGGAACGAAAAGGGGAAAGUGAGCACCUAUGAUAUCAAACCCGAUGUGACUGUGGACGACUUCAAGCGCAAAGUCGAGGCGAGAGAGGGGGUUCCUGUGAGCCAGCAGAGGCUCAAUCACCAGGGCAGAGAGAUGUCGUACGGGAAACUGGCGGACUACGGCGUCGUAGCAUUGAGCACUAUCGAUUUGGCUCUGCGUCUGAGAGGAGGCUGAGGACACUAGACUCUGCUGAUACCAGAUGAUUAAAGACUCUUAUUUUUAAUAUAAAU